GAGAAGAGAGAGAGGAGGAGAGAGAAUGAGGGGGACCAGAUUGAAAACAUAUCAGCCUGGCGUCUCAAAACCACAUUUCUGACGAAGAACGAACCACCCUCAAACCUUUCAGACCUCUUUAGGCUACAAAGUUCGAUAUCCUGCAAUGUGUUCUUAGUAAGGGAGGAUCGAUUACAAAAACUUGUUUCGUUAUUCUCAGUGAUGGAUUGUAAAAGUUGAGACAACGCACAUAAACUCUACGGUGAACUUUAUGAGAAGUUGGGAAGAGGAUUGUAGUUAGUCUUGAUCGUGUUUAGGCUACUAGAUUAUACUUUAUGGAUUUCAUCCUUGCAUUGGAAGGAGUUUGUUACUUCUUGCUUUUUGACCGAGAAAGUUUGACCUAACGGUAAUCUUCGAUCGCGUUGCUGAAACUUGUACAGAACUGGUGGACAAACAGAACGGAGGGAGACGCACCGGGUCAGACUCGGACCAUACCGACCACAGGCAUCACCACUGGGAGCUUCUGAUGUCCAGAAUGGAGACCUCUGCCCCGACGACCACAGAGAAGAAAGGCUCUGGUCUGGAUGGAAACGGCUUCACUGACCUCCCGAAGAAACUCUCCCCUUCAGCUGUCACCAGAGCCCCGCACCACGUAUUCCCGACGUUCCACACGCCCAUCCCGAUUGACAUGCGRCACCACGAGGGAAGAUACCUCUAUGAACCACACACCCUACAUGCCAUGCAUGGUGGCGCAUGAACACUUGAAAGAGCGGGGUCUGUUUGGGUUGCCCCCUCCCCCUCCUGGAGCCAGCCCUGCUGAGUACUACCACCUGAUGGCCAGCCAUCGUAACCCCUACGGAGAACUGCUGAUGCAGGGGGGUGGGGCGGCAGCUGCACACCUGCCAGAAUACAUCCCCCCCAUGGAUGUGCCACGGUUCUCCAGUCCCAGACUGACCCACAGGCUGAACAGAAAGCGAGCCCUGUCCAUCUCUCCUCUCUCGGACGCCAGCAUCGACCUGCAGACCAUGAUCCGUACCUCACCCAACUCUCUGGUGGCUUACAUCAACAACUCACGCUCCAGCUCUGCAGCCAGCAGCUCCUACGGACACCUCUCUGUUGGAGGCAUCAGUCCGUCCUUUACCUUCCCCCACCACAUCAACCCCAUGGCCUACCAGCAGCUCCUGUCCCAGCAGAGAGGCCUGAGUGUGUUCGGGCACACCCCUCCUCUCAUCCAGCCCCCACCCACCUUCUCCAGUCGCCAGUCUGCCCUGGGUCUCUCCUCUCUGCCCCCCUCCUCACACAACCACAACAAUGGCUCACAGUCAAAGAACACAAGUGGGGACUCGGCAGUGAGCAGUACAGUCAAUCCCAUGAUCACCAAGAGGUCAAAGGUGAAGACAGAGGUGGAGUGUCCGAGGCCACUGUCCCCAUGUUCUCCGGAUCAUCUAGGUGGGAUGCUGGACCUGAAGGAGGACUUGGAUAAAGAUGAAUGCAAGCAUGAGCCAGAGAUGGUGUAUGAGACCAACUGCCACUGGGAAGGAUGCUCCAAGGAGUACGACACGCAGGAACAACUGGUCCAUCACAUCAAUAACGACCACAUCCACGGGGAGAAGAAGGAGUUUGUGUGCCGCUGGGAUGAGUGUUCCAGGGAGCAGAAGCCCUUUAAGGCCCAGUACAUGCUGGUGGUUCACAUGAGGAGACACACGGGGGAGAAGCCACACAAGUGUACCUUUGAGGGCUGCUGUAAGGCCUAUUCUCGCCUGGAGAAUCUGAAGACCCACCUGCGAUCUCACACCGGGGAAAAACCAUAUGUGUGUGACCACGAGGGAUGCAACAAAGCCUUCUCCAACGCCUCGGACAGAGCCAAGCACCAGAACCGCACACACUCCAACGAGAAACCCUACGUGUGUAAAGUCCCCGGGUGUACGAAGCGCUACACGGACCCCAGCUCUCUCAGGAAGCACGUGAAGACAGUCCACGGACCAGAGGCCCACAUCACCAAGAAACAGCGCAGCGACCUGCCGCCCAGCAGACCCAUGCCACCCAAAGAGAAUGGAGAGAACGAGACAGGCCGGGGCAUGGAGGAGAAGAUGGACAGCACCUCGAGAGGCACGGAGGACUACCUGCAGGUCACGUCUAUCAAGACGGAGAACUCUGUGAUGUAUCAGUCCAGCCCUGGUGGUCAGUCGUCAUGUAGCAGCGAGCCGUCGCCACUUGGCAGUUCCACCAACCAUGACAGUGGAYUAGAGAUGGCCCUCCARAGCYGCGGGGGKAGCAUGGGGGACCUGACUGGGCUGGACGACCCCUCAGGGCCCCUCAUGGACUCCUCCUUCUCUGGCCUCUGGUCUGGGACAGCAGGGGUCGGGGUGGGCCUCCACCUACGUCAACACCUAGGCCCCAGCCACAUCCACAGACUAGAACACCUGAAGAAGGAGAAACUGAAGACGGUGAGGGACUCCUGCCAGUGGGCCAAUCAUCAUCCAUCUCCUCCAGUCCAGAACACCAAGCUACCGCCCAUACCAGCAAACGGGUCCCUUCUGGAGAGAGGAAACAUGGGUGGUGGGCCUGGAUCGUUCCUCAGCCUCAGUGAGCUGUGUUCCAGUAAGGUGACUGUCCUGAACCAGCUGGACCAUCUGAUGGAGCGCAGGGACAGCACCACCAGCACCGUCUCCUCUGCCUACAUCAGCCGGCGCUCCUCUGGCAUCUCCCCCUGCCACCACAGCCGCCGCUCCAGCGACGCCUCCACGUUCAGUGGCCACCGCCACAACAACAUCAGCUCCACCGGCUCCUACGACCCCAUCUCUACAGACCUGUCCCGGAGGUCCAGCGACGCCAGCCAGUGUGGAGGUGGUGGAGGAGGGGGAGGGCUGCCCAGUCACCUCAGCCUCACCCCCGCCCAGCACUACCACCUCAAGGCUAAAUAUGCGGCGGCUACAGGUGGAGCCCCACCCACACCUCUACCCAACAUGGAGAGGAUGAGUCUCAAGACCUGCAUGGCCCUCUACAGGGAUGCUUCCCAGGGAGACUCGUCGUCUGGUUACUCCUCCUUCAACCCCAUUGCCCCCAGUGGUGUUCCCAGGCGCUGCAGCGGCGAUAUGGGAGGCUAUAACGGCCGCAGCAUGAUGCCCCACGAAGCUCCGUCCAACAUUCCCCGUCGGGCUAGCGACCCCGUCCCCCGACCGCCGUCCCUGGACCCGCUGUCCCAUCAGCCUCAGGUGCAGCGCUACAACAGCAUGGGUAACAUGCAGAACCUCCACCCACACGCCUCCCAGCCCAACCAGGCCCUGUCUGCAGCCGAACGGCGCCACCAGCCGCGCUCCGACGGCAGUCUGCAGCGAUACCCUUACUGCCCCCGGCCGCCCAGCAUCUCUGAGAACGUGGCCAUYGAGACCAUGGCCGGCGACAUGAGCGGUAGUCGCAACAACAGUGAGGAGGAGAUGAUGGUACUUCCUGAUGACGUCGUUCACUACAUCGCCUCUCAGGGCGGAGCUGGAGAGUCAGACUGUGCCAACGGGUACAACCGACAAGCACAAUGUGGUUUCCAUGGAAACACAAUAAACCCUAACCCCCAGCAGCAACAGCAGUUUUACCACCAGCAAAGGAUGGCUGUGGUGGACACCAAUAUGAAUAUGAACCCCUCGUCUGCACCACAAACCAUGCGCCUCUCCUGUGCCCUAAGCCCAGGCCAUCCGCCGCAGUCUUUCCCCUCCUCACCCAGUAAGACGAGCACCAUGCCGGUGCAGUGGAACGAGGUCAGCUCAGGUACUGUGGAAGCUCUUCACAACCCAACCCAACAGCUGCCGUUCGGUCGAAGCAACCCAAACCUUGACAUGGUCCAACAGAAACAGAACUUUGUCUCGUUCCAGAAGCAGAAUCUUAACUCCAACCAACACAUUGCACAGAUUAACCACAACCUGGCUCACGCAGCCCAGCAGGGGAGAUACAUAGAGCAGCAUAAGGAUGACUCGAGGCUGAGCUGUGUCCAGCAACAGAGCCUACAGCAACAGCAGCCCGCUAAUGCUAACCUCAAUGAACCAGUGAGUCUCGGGUAUGGGUUUAACCAGGGUCUUGGUCCUAGCGAUGCUAACACUAACCAGCGGUCCUCCUGUAGUAGUAUGGCAGUUGGUGGCACUCUGGGUAUGUUGAGCCAAAACGGUAAACAACAACAGACAGUGCACACUGUAGACACGCAGAACAGCCGGCUGGGGGCGCAGCCAGGGGGGAGUCAAUCGUCUCAAGUCACAUUUAAGGAUAGCGGUGUGAAUUCUUCACGGAUGAUCUCACAGAACUAUAAUAUAGCGUCCCAGGUUCAGCAUCCCAUCCAAAAUGGAGGUCAAAUACUCCUCCAGCCAAGACCGCCCACAGAACCUAAGUCUCUAAGCAGACAGCAUUCAGGGUCAAUGACAAUGCAGCGACAAAACUCAAUUGGCAAUCACUGCAGCAAUGGCAACAACACAGACAGCAAUGUUAUGUUCUACACAGGACAGAUACACGUGUUUGAGCCAAACGGAAACGUCAAUAUGCAGAUGAUGACAUCAUCAGUAGUGGACGUUCUUCAAUGUCCCUCAGACAGCACUGAGACCGCCAUGACCUCACCGGGAGUAAGCAACCAGGUCUCUAGUACGGUGGACUCGUCCAAUGGGACAGGGGCAGAGGAGCCCCAGAUUGACUUUGACACCAUGCUGGAUGACGGGGACCACUCCAGCCUGAUGUCAGGCACCAUCAGCCCCAGRAUCCUCCAGAGUCUGUCCCAGACCUCCUCCAGACUCACCACCCCCCYGAACUCUGUCACCCUGCCCUCCCUGCCCCUCCCUGCAGGGGGCAGCAACAUGGCCAUCGGCGAUAUGAGCUCCCUGCUCACCGCGCUUGCAGAAGAGAACAAGUUCCUCAGCAUGAUGUCAUAAGGAUGAUCCCAAAUACACUGAAGGCAGACACAGGUAAAACACACAUUACCUACCUUGGUGUAUUUGGCCCAGGACGUGUGUUAAAAGAAAUGACCUAUUGCAACACAAGCUCUAAGAACGAUAGUUUAUCUACCACCAAGAGUUUAAACUGACUGUGUGAAUGACAAGAGGGGAACCUACUAGUUAACAUUGUUGCAGAGGUCCUCCUGACCAUGUGAUUGAACACUAAGCACCUCAUUGGAGAACUUUGARGYCCACRAGAGACUAAGGAARSUAUGAGAUUCUGAAGACUUCAUGCUAAAACACCACUAUGUUUGUGCUACUUAUUGUAUUAUCCUGUACAGUAUCAUUAUGGAGCUAAUAUGGCGAUUUCAUAUCUAUUGAGAAGCCAUAUUUUGCCUUAGAUGAGUAAGUAAGUAUAAUGUAAUCCACAGCACAAUUCUGUUAAUGUUGUACAUGAGAUAGUGUACAGUUCUGCAGUAAAACAAGUUUACCAAGUGCCUGGCUAUGCCGCAGAAUAUGCAAGACAAGCAUAUGACACAGUUCACGUUGAAAUGCAACCAGGUCCUGCUGUAUGAUAUGGAUUUGGGAUUUUUCGAUCUUAAAGACACACGUAUAUAUAAAUAGUGUAAAUGACUUGAUCUAAAAUGAUUUGAUUCUUUCUUUCAGAUCUUAUUUGAAACUCAUUUUAAAAAAUUCUGUCAGUGAAAUUGCUAAAAAAAAUAAAAAAAAAUAUGGGAGAAAAAUGAUUAAAUAAUUCAAUAGAGUCAGAAGAAAUCUUUUUCUAAUCUAUUUAGUCAUGUCAGGUCUAUUUCCAUACAGUGUCUUCGAUAUGAGCCAUUGUCUUAUUUGUCUGUUUGGUUGAGUUGGACUAUUGAGAUGAACAGUGACGUCUCAGUGUCGGGGACAAGUUGUGACUGGAAUUAAGCAACAAUUUCAAAAGAAUAGGCAAAUACUUGAUAUGAUACAUAUUCUGGGGGUGAUAACAU